AUGAGUAGAGAUGCGACACCCUACGAGGGCGAGGGUGAUGAUGACGAUUAUGACGGGGCAAUGAGGUGUAUUCUCGUGGAAAAGAUACGGCGACACCGUGCUCUCGAGCGUGAGGGAAGCGUUAGGGUUAUAACACGGAAAGGUGUACCACCCCCGACACUAGGGGAGCUGCGCGCGAUAGCUGACAGGCGGUCGAGACAUGAAGACCUGUUGAGGUUGCAGCGGCGUCUGGAUGGGGUAGAGAGACGGAUGGGGUUGUGGCGUGACUAUCUUUCCUACGAGCCCCCACCCUUUAUGUCCUCCAGCGUUCCUGCUAACGCUUCUGAGACUGGAAUCCUUGAGGGACGCGCAGCACUUCUUUCACCACUUUCCACACUGUUUCGCAUUUUGCUCCGCGAGAAUCGCGCGCGCGAAAGGCUACGGUUGCUGCGAGCGCGGCCCCCCCUCCCCAAGUCGCAAACGCCAUCGCUAGCUAGUGCUCGACGGAUGUCAUUGGAGGUGGCUCGUUUUGUGGGAGACGAUAUAUUUGUUCCCCCUGGGGAUGGGUGCCGUUCUGCAAUAACUUCCGAGCAGUUGCUUGUAACACCCGCGUAUGAGGUCGAACGCCUUCGAAACCCGCUGGUGUUCUUGGCUCGCGAGUACCGUAUGGAGCGACUCCCUGAAUUCUCACUAAACCCAGCAAAGUCUCCGGAUACUGGUCACAGCUCUGUGGUGAGGAAGGAUUGCGGUGCCUCGUCUGCAGUCACAUUAUCAGACUUCCGCCAGCCACCUGUGAUGUUAGAGGCAUUUAAUAUACCUUGCGGCAUUUACGAUGUGGGUCGUAGAGUCCACCUCAUUCAGGGGUAUGAGCCGCUGUACAGCAGUGAUGGGCUUGGGUCUCUUGACUCUCUUAGUAAGGCCGUGAAGUGUAGGCGGGAUGGACCGCAACGGGGCGAUACUGCCUUCAUUGACGGGCGGCUGUCUCAAAGUUUGUGGUGUUCUGGGACUCCAGCGAAACUACGAGGGCCGCUCCAGGAGGACUCGCUAAGCGGAAGCGACGACGACGAGGUCUCCCCAGCCUUCUGCGCGGAUGUCUCAUGGCUUCCCAAGUUCCCCGAGUAA